AUGUUAAACGACGUGAAAGUGCUCGCAAAGCAGAACGCGAGUAACGAGUUACAUCUAAAGGGCCACUACUCGCAACCACAGCCACCGGACUACGCAACCUCUGUUGCAAAGUGGUUCAACCCACUAAAAACAAACACACCAGGUAAAACAGACGGUCGUUACAUGUGUUUGUAUGAGCUACAGAGUAGCGCCCAAAGCGGUACAUCAAAUGCGCCGCAAAAGGCAUCCUCUCAACAAGCGGAAACUGGUAAGCAAUAUACCAACGACAACUUGAGGCGUGACCCUGGCAUUGGCGUAACACUACAGCGCCGGCGUGCUCACACAGGCAUUGAGCCAGGUACCGCACCACGCCGUACUAAUGCAAUAUCACGCUUGAAUGCCGGAGGGGUGAAAAGGUGCGACAAACUCCCGGGGUGGGCCACUUUGGCACCCCGAAAGCCCAGUGUAAACCGGCUUAUCACGCCUAGUAAACACCGGAGUCGCGAAGUCCCGACAUCUUAUAAAAACACGUCUUCCAUAAGCUCAACCAAAGUGGCCUAG